AUGCUAAAAAAUCCCAGAAGAGGGAUUUUUGUCCAUCAGUGUAAUAAUUGUAAGGAGAAACAGAUGCGUAGAGAAGAAUAUCUCUUCAAGGGAGGAGCAAGUGGAAUAUUUGUACUCACUAUUGAAAUAUGCGGUGAUGAUCUGGAUAAAAAUAUAGAUAUUGCGGACUUCUAUGGGCAAAACUGGGGUAGGAAAUAAA